AUGCCAGCCCCUAAGUCCCCUGAUGCAGUUUCUGGAAGAAGAAAGCGUCAAGAUGGGAAAGGAAAUAAUGCUGCUCUAACAAGGAAUCAAGGAGCGGUUAAGGCUAGUUUAGGCCGCACUCUAAAAUUUAUGGUGGAUAGAAAUAAGGCUUCUGUGGUUGUUCUUAUGGAGACUAGAACCAGUAGUGUGAUCAGUACUAAGAUUAUGAAGAAGGUUAAUUUUGAUAAAGUUAUUGCUCAAGAGGCCAGUGGUUUUGCAGGUGGAAUUUGGGUUCUUUGGGACUCUAGGAAGGUUGCAAUCCAGUUAAUCAGUAGUACUGCUCAAUUUAUUCACAUGAAAAUUGUAUUUGAUAACAGCAAGAGUUUUUUAUGUACUGCAGUUUAUGCAAAUCCCAAUGAGGAUAUUAGACAUGGUAUGUGGGAGGAAAUCAUGCAGAUUAGCUCAUCUAUUAAUGAACCUUGGAUUUUGGGAGAUACAUGCAGAGUUGAGGAGAUUGAGGGUUUGGGUGCAAAAUUUACAUGGCAGGGUCAUAAAUGGCAUAACUUAGACAGGGUUUUCAAGAAAUUGGAUAGAGUUUGUGCCAACUCUCUUUGGAGGAUCAAUUUUGAGGAUGCUGAUGUUAGGAUUCUUCCUAGAAUCAUGUAUGAUCAUAAUCCUUUGGUUUUGUCUAUUUUUAAACAGUUUUAUAAGAAUUUGUUUGAGGAAGAGGUGGUUGACCAUAGAUGGAUCAUUUCUGACAAUAUGUGGCCAGUUUUAUCUCAAGAUGAAUUGAGAAGGAUGGUUAUGCUUCCUAACGAUGAUGAAAUCAGACAGAUUGUUUUCUCUAUGGGAGCUUACAAGGCACCUGGGUAUGAUGGUUUCCAUGCUAUAUUUUUUCAAAGGAAUUGGGAAAGAUUGAAAGUUCAAGUUUGCACUGCUAUGAAGAACAUGUGGUCUAAUCCAGAUUCAAUUACAGAGAUUAUUGUGGGUCGGCUUAAGCAUAUUAUGGAAAGGGUGGUGUCUCCUUAUCAGGUGAGCUUUGUUCCAAACAGACAAAUUCAAGAUAAUAUUACAAUUGUCCAAGAGUUAGUUCAUUCUAUGAGCAAGAUGAGAGCCAAAAGGGCUUAUAUGGCUAUUAAAAUUGAUCUUGUUAAGGCCUAUGAUAGGGGAUUAAUGUUUUUAUGGAAUGGGGGUAAAAUUGAUGAUUUUAUUCCUACAAGAGGUCUGAGACAGGGGGAUCCUCUAUCACCGUAUCUUUUGGUACUGGCUAUGGAUAAGUUGACCCAUAUUAUUACAACUGCUGUUAAUGGGGGAUUGUGGAAGCCUAUGCAUGUAGGAAAGGGUGGUCCAAAGAUUUCUCACCUUGCUUUUGCAGAUGAUCUUAUGUUGUUCAUGGAAGCUUCUGAAGAUCAAAUUCAAACUCUUUUCAAGUGCCUUAAGAUUUUUGAGGAGAUGUCUGGUCAAAAGCUUAGUGUGGAAAAAACUUCUGUUUAUUUCUCAAAGAAUACAUCUAAGGAGAUCAUGGAUAAAGUUGUUCAGUUCAGUGGUUUUAAAUGUGUUAAUAAUGUAAGAAGGUAUCUUGGAGCUAUGAUGAGGCAAGGUAGAGUUUCUAAGCAUUUAUAUGAUGGGCUGGUGGAAAAAGUAAGGAGCAAGCUUACGAGUUGGGAGCAACAAUGCCUUUCUCAAGCAGGAAAGAUCACCCUUUCACAAUCUAUUUUGGCUGCUAUUCUUGCCUACCGGAUGCAAAGUUGUAAACUCCCUUUGAUGGUGUGUGAGGCUAUAGAGAAGUUGCAAAUAAAUUUUAUUUGGGGAGAUAAAAUUAAUGCUCGUAGACAUCAUCCAAUUAACUGGAAUGUAGUCACAUCUCCUAAGCUUCAUGGGGGUCUGGGGUUGAGAAAUUUAGCUAGGAUGAAUGAUGCUUUUCUGGCUAAAAAAGCUUGGAAAAUUUAUACAGAACCUGAGCAGCUUUGGGUGCAAGUGAUGCAUGCCAAAUACAAGAUUGUGGCAUAUGCUAUGGAGAAUAAUUUAGAAUGGGAGCUUGGCAAUGGCAAGGAGGUAAGGUUCUGGAAGGAUGUUUGGCUUCCAAGUUCAUGCAAAUUGGAAGAUUUUGCUGAAGAUGAGGAUAUUUUGAGGAUGGAUAAUGUAAAGGUUGCUGAUGUUGUAAGCAUUUCGGGUGAGUGGGUUUUUUCUAAGCUGAAUAGUUGGUUACCUUUAAAUAUUGUUGAUAUUAUCCGUAGUGUUUUACCUCCUAAUGCCUAUGAUGGUCCUGAUAGAAAGAUUUGGGGGAUUCAUAAAUCCCAAUCUGUUUCUGUGAGUUUCUUAUAUGAUUACUUGUCUAAUUAUGAAGUCAUUGAUGAUGAUGUUGUUAAAAAGACUUGGAAUAGGCUUUGGACUUGGAAGGGCCCUCAGAGAAUAAAAAUUUUCAUUUGGAAGAUGCUCCAUCAAAAACUAUUAACGAAUAGUUAUAUGUCCAGUUGGAAUGGUAGUGAUGGUAUGUGUUCUUGUGGAAGUGGGGAACCUGAAUUUAUCAUUCAUGCUUUGAGGGAUUGUCACAGGGCUAAAGUUAUUUGGGAUUGUCUUAUUCUUAUUGAUUAUAGCGUUGUUUUCUUUGAUUCUUCGUUUGAGCAGUGGAUUUCUAUUAAUUUUAGCGGUAAUUUCAUGGAUAGUAGUCAUGAUAAUUGGUUGUCCAGUUUUUUGGUUACUUGUUGGAAGAUUUGGAGCUGGAGGAAUAUGAUGAAUCAUGGAGAAGAGGUGCCCAUGGUUGGGAGUAAAGUAGAAAUAAUUAAAAAAUUUAUUUCAGAGAUGGAUAGUGCUAUUACAAAUCAAAAGUCUUCUAACCAGGGCCCUCUUAUUAGCAACGUCCUUGUGUCUUGGACCUUUCCUGAAGUUGGGUUUGUGAAGGUAAAUACGGAUGGAGCUUCCUGUGGUAAUCCUGGUGUGGCAACUUGUGGGGGUGUAAUUAGGAACUCCCAAGGUAUUUGGUUGAAUGGAUUUGCGUAUAAGUUGGGUUUCUGCUCUUCUUUUAAAGCUGAAUUAUGGGGUAUUCUGAGGGGUUUGGAAAUGGCUUGGAGCAAGGGUUACAGGAAAAUUAUCUUAGAAAGUGAUUCGCUGUUGGCAAGCAAUCACUGUGCUCACCAAUUGUGGUGUAGCAGUCCGUGA